CAGGAAAAAUGGAGGCCACAGAAGGCGGACGUUGGGUGACAGAGGUCACUCCCGAUCAAGAGGUGCCCGACUUCCGGGAGAGAAUUCCAGAGAUGCCUAUAGUGAAGCCGUUUGAGCUGGAUCCGUUCCAGAAACAGGCCAUCCUGCAAGUGGAGGGUGGCCACAACGUGCUGGUGGCCGCCCACACGUCGGCCGGCAAGACGGUGGUGGCCGAGUACGCCAUCAGCCUCGCUCUGGACAAAUCUAAAAGGGCCGUGUACACGUCACCAGUGAAAGCACUGUCCAAUCAGAAGUUUCGAGACUUCAAAGAGAUCUUCGAUGACGUAGGGCUGAUCACAGGCGACACACAGAUCAAUGAAGACGCUUCCUGUCUGAUCAUGACGACAGAGAUUCUCAGGUCAAGGCUGUACCAAGGUUCUGAGAUGUUGCAGGACCUGGAGUGGGUCAUCAUGGACGAGGUCCACUACAUCAAUGACGUCAUAAGGGGCGUGGUCUGGGAGGAAGUCAUCAUUAUGUUACCUGACCACGUCAAGCUCCUGUUGUUGAGUGCCACGGUGCCAAACGCUCUGGAACUUGCUGAGUGGAUUGGCCACAUCAAACAGAGACCUAUUUAUGUGGUAACCACAAGUCGAAGGCCCGUUCCACUCAAACACUAUCUCUUCACGCAAGUUCGCGGCCGUUCAUCUAAGGGGCUGCAACUCUUGAUGGACGAGACCGGACGAUUUAACCCAGAAAGUUACGACAAGUCCAAACGUAAUCUGGAGGCCAGUGAUCUUGAUGACGAACAGCUGCUCACUUCAACUCUGGACAUGCUGACCACUGACAACAAACUGCCCGCCAUCUUUUUCGUCUUCUCCAAGAAGAAAAUCGAUUCUUUUUGCGCGAGUACCAAGGGGGUAACUCUAACGACAGACAGGGAGCAGAACGAAAUCGAUUCCUUUUUCCAGAGCUCAGUAUCGAAAUUAACCACAGUUGACCAAAACCUGGAACAGGUAACCAAGCUAAGAGAGCUUCUGAAGCGUGGUAUAGGUGUUCACCAUUCAGGCAGCAUCCCACUACUGAAGGAGGUGGUUGAGUGCUUGUUCCAUCGAGGUCUGGUCAAGGUAAGGGUCAGUUGGUGGUGUUUAGAUGACUGCUUAAAGGUACUGUUUGCCACAGAGACCCUGGCCACGGGGGUCAACCUUCCUGCCAAGACCGUUAUCUUUGACGAGCUGUGGAAGUUUGACGGGGUGGCGUCUCGCUUUGUGUACCCCGGGGAGUACAUACAGAUGGCGGGGAGGGCGGGGAGGAGGGGCAUGGACACGGCUGGACACGUCAUCGUCACGUGCGCGAAAAGCAUGCCGGAUUUGUACAAGUUACACACGGCCAUGCAGGGCAGACAGUCCCACCUGAGGUCAAAGUUCAGGUUGACCUACUCCAUGAUGCUCAACAUGAUGAGGUACCAGAGAGCGGACGUCCAGGAGAUGAUGAGGAAGAGCUUCCACGAGUUCCACACCAAGCGAGAGGCGGCUCGACAGCUGCUGGACAUUAGCAAGAAGAUGGACACACUCCAGGGUGUGGAGUGUAGGUACUGCCAGACUGACUUGGGCGAGUACUACCAGAAGUGUACUGAGUACUACAAUCUGCAGGAACAGUUAAUGACCCAGGUUCUGUCAGUCCCCGCUGGUCUGGAACUCAUGGCACCGGGACGUCUGCUGUUGGUCAAACGUCCGGGCGGUCAAGUUGACCUGGGUGUCGUUCUGAAGAAAGUUCUGUCGGACAAGUUCCAGCCGAAUUUCCUCACUCUGGUCAACUGUGACGUCAGCGAGGAGAACUCACCAGAAGAUGAGGGCAUUCACCCACCCGGGCCAAACACCCCCACCUGCCACCAAGGUCAGCGCUCGCCCCUACUUCUGACCAUCACCGCCAGCGAUAUCAAGGUCAUCUGCCGGGGCAGUUUGUCGGUCAAGGCCGACGCUAUUCUAAAGAACUUGGAGUAUUGUAAGAAAAGCGGUGCCGCACCCAGCCGGCCCGUCACAUCCGUCCUGGAGAAGCUCUGGAAAAAAACCAAUAGACGCGUCAAAGACCUGUCGUCCGUCAACCUCCAGGAACACCUGCACGGUGACGACAUCGGCGAGAUUCACCUGGCCAUCCAGCAGUUGAAUCAAGAUUUGUUGAACGGCAAAUAUGUCUGCAAGCAAUGUCCCAAGUUUAAACAGCACUUUUCCCAGCACAACCAUAACCAGUACAUUAAGGAAAAGCACAGAGAGUUAACGUUCCUGACUUCAGACGCCCAUCAAACUUUAUUACCGGAGUACACACAGAUGAUGCAGGUGUUGAGAGACCUGGGAUACAUCGAUGCCCAUGACAUCGUGCUGGCCAAGGGCAGAGCUGCCUCCUGCCUCAACACGCACGAGCUGGUCGUCACAGAACUGGUCGCGCGUGACCUGCUCAAUGACCUUGACCCCGAUGAGAUCGCUGCCCUUCUCUCCUGUUUUGUAUUUGAAAUCAGCCGGAGCAAGAAACCAAGGCUCUCUGACUCCCUACAAACUUACGUCAUUUUACAUCUUAUGACUCCCUACAAACUGUACGUCAUUUAA